AUGAGCCCAGCAGAUAACAAAGGAGAUGACAUACCUGCCGCUACGGAUGAGGCGGCCCGUGGCCUACAUGAUGAACCAGUACCAAGCUAUCAGGCUGUUGCCGACCAGACAGAUGGGUCUUUGCCGCCUUUACCUGCAAUCACCUUUGACGACAAGCCUACCCCGUCGCAGAGCAGAGACCCUUCAAACAAGAAUUACGGCUUUGAUGUUACCGAAAGCCGUUGUCUUGCGCACCUAAAACUUCUCCACGCUAUUCAGGCCAUGAAGGAGGAUAUAGGCUACACAGACGGCCUUUGGGGGAUCUGGGACAGCCUUGUUAGCGAUGGCAAGGGCAUUUCUCUAGAGGCGUCAAAAUUACCCCCUCAAACGAGACCAGCCGAGAUUACCAGUGAUGAAGAGAAGAAGAUGAUGCUCAGCAAGCUUCGUGAAAAGAGGUGGGCAAUCUUCCUGGCACGAGCUGUCGAUCGCUAUGAAGCCUGGUGGAACGCGCAAGACAUUGAGAUGCUCACCAACGCCGAUAUGACUGUCCUGGAUGGCGACAAGUAUAUGUGUUUCCCAAGCACAAGCCGUAAUUUUGACUGGCAGAAAGUCAGUAUGCCUCCGCUCGACGUUCUCAUGGUUAUGCAUACACACAUGCUCAACCCUCGCGCAUUUCUCGAAGAUUGCAUGCGAUACGGUCUGAAUAGCUUCUGGGCGGCUGGUUUGCCUUGGAAACUGAUUAAUGAUGCGAUUGGAGACGAUUUCGCUUACAAUGUCUCUGCUGACACGCAAGCGAUUUGGGUGGCACAAUCUGGGCGCAGUUGGCUCAAUCAGGACGACCCUCUGACGAAGACUCUCAAAUGUCCCUACUGCCCUGCACGAUACGAGGCGCCGUGGACGACGUGUGGCAAAGAUGACAGUGGCAAUUCUUACCGCUCUCGCGAUUUAAUCGGUGAAGGAUAUGGCGAUGGCAAGUUUAGCUUCGUAUGCAUGACUUGCGGUCGACAAAAUUACAAGGAACUCCUGUCGGUCUCCAAGUUCCUCCACGAUACUACCCUGCUCCUGAAGAAAUCGGUUCCUAUGCCGGGAACGAUUCUCAGCCCUCAGAAAGGGAGACCAGAAGUAGACGUCACGCGUUUCAGAUCAGAAAGCUUCGUCCGCGCGUUUCCAAAUCGCAUGAUUCAGAAAGUUCUUCGCAUUCAAAUCAUGGAGCUUAUCCAGCCGGGCGGUGGCCAUCCUCACCCAACAAUGGACACGAUAAGGCUCCUCAUUGAACGAGUCUUGAAAAAUCACAGCAUGUUGCGCGAAAUCGACGACACGGCGCACAAACCAAGCUACGACUUGCACAGAAACUCGCGGCUGUCGACGCGAAAAAUGAUGAGCCGAUACUGGGAAAACUUUUCGCCCUUUGCACUCGAUCUCUGCAGCGCUGUGAUGCGUCAGGGCAUUUUCAUUGACAAGAUGGUCAACCUCGAUUGGCUGCACAGUCCCUCGGCUAAGCCGACAAUGCAGCGCCUCAUCAAAAAGUACCAGCGCUUCUUGUUCAUCAUGGAGGGCUACCCAGGCCAGACGGUCGUGCCGACUCUUGAUGUUGACCUUGCCUGGCACACGCAUCAGGUCCGUCCUCAAUCCUACUAUCAACACACUGUGCGCAGAAUGCACAAGUUCAUUGAUCACGACGACAAGAUUGACGAAGGCAAACUCGAAGAAGCCUUUGCCUUUACUACCAAAAAGUAUCAGGAUUUUUUUGGCCAGGUUUACAGCGAGUGUACUUGCUGGUAUUGCGAGAAUCACAGAGUCUCUGAAGACUUUCAUACUUCGGGAGCGGCAAAGCUAUGCCCGCCUGACAACUCGGCGCACAUUUCCGCACACAACGCCGUGCGCUUUGCCGCCAUUGCCUCGGCCACUGAGCAAGCGCGACGGGCUCGCCAUGCACAAAGGAUCGAGGAGGAGUACCAAAAGGCACGCAAGCGGGCUGCUAAGAGAGGUCGGGAGCUGCCGCCCAGAGAUGAGUACUACAACCAAUGGGGAUACCCAUACUACGCGUACGGACCGUGGAUGUACCCGACCUGGUUUACGGGCGGCAUGUAUUAUGGCGCUGAUCCGUGCUCCGUCGGCGCCGGCGGGGCCUGUGCUGCCGGCACUUGCGGCUCGGGGGCCGUUGCGGCGGGAGCGUGCGGGGGCCCGGGAGGGUGUUCCAGUGGUGCUGGGGGCUGUGGUGUAGGUGGGUGCUCCAGUGGUGCCUGCGGUGGUGGCGGUGGUGGUGGUUGUGGCGGCGGCUCUAGCGGCGGCGGCGGCGGUUGCGGAGGAGGAGGAGGCGGUGGGGGAGGGGGGAGCUGUUGA